AGCAGCAGCGGACCACCCACACCCUUCACCACACACUCCACAGCUACAGAGGGGAGUCCCAUCUCUUCCACUGGUCCUAUGACUAUAACAUCCUUCAAGACUACCGCUACCCAUCAAACCCCACCACACCCUCAGACCACACUUUCCACUCAUGUUCCACCUUUCUCCACCUCCUCAGUGACUCCCAGUACUCACACAGUCAUCACCGCUACACAUCCACCAAUAACCACUUCCCCCUCCAUCCACUCAGCCCCCACAGGCACUAUUCCUCCACAUACAACGGUCAAGACCACAGGAUCCACACACAUAGCCCUACCAAUUACAGAGACCACCAGUGGAAUCAGUCAAGCCCACAGCUCAUUCAGCACAGCCACAACCCCAACAUCCCUCCACUCACAUGCUGCCUCCACACACCAUCCUGAAAUCACCCCAACUGCUUCCACCACCAUUACUCCAAACCCCACUGGUACAGGAACCAGCUCACCUGUAGCCCACACGACCUCGGCCACGAGCCACGGGCCACCCACACCCUUCACCACACACUCCCCACUUACAGGGAGCAAGCCUAUCUCUUCCACUGGUCCCAUGACUACAACAUCCUUCAAGACCACCACAACCCAUCGAACUCCAACACACCCUCAGACCAUACUUUCCACUCACAUUCCACCUUUCUCCACCUCCUCAGUGACUCUCAGUACUGACAUGAUUAUCACCCAUACACACCCACCAAUCUCCAAUUCCACAUCCAUCCACUCAACCCCCACAGGCACCAUUCCUCCACAGACAAUGGUCAAGACCACAGGAGACACACACACAGCCCUACCAAUUACAGAGACCACCAGUGGAAUCAGUCAAGCCCACAGCUCAUUCAGCACAGCCACAACCCCAACAUCCCUCCACUCACACACUUCCUCCACACACCGUCCUGAAAUCACCCCAACUUCUUCCACCACCGUUACUCCAAAGCCAACUGGUACAGGAACCGGCACACCUGUAGUCCACAUGACUUCGGCCACGAGCCAUGGGCCACCCACACCCUUCACCAUACACUCCCCACCUACUGGGAGCAAGCCUGUCUCUUCCACUGGUCCCACGACUACAACAUCCUUCAAGACGACCACAACCCAUCCAACCACACCACACCCUCACACCACACUUUCCACUCAUAUUCCACCUUUCUCCACCCCUUCAGUGACUCCCAGUACUCACACGGUCAUCACCACUACACAUCCACCAAUGUCUACUUACACAUCCAUCCACUCAAACCCCACAGGCACCAUGCCUCCACAGACAACGGUCAGAG